AAUUCAUUUAACUUCCAGCCUCUGCCGCAGAAUGUCUCUUACAAGAGAACACAGGAGAUGAGCGUAUAUAUGCUAACGUAUCGCUACAAGAGAACACAGGAGAUGAAUGUAUAUAUUCUACGUAUCGCGUCGUAUCCCGUUCAGUGAAGUAGAGAGGUAUUUGAACAUGACCAUCAACUCUGAGAAAGCUUUGCAGGAGUUUAAGAUCAUUCCAGACUACCUGAAAGAUAUGACAGUUGGAACUCAACCAUUAAACAGGAAGAAGAAUAGAUACAGAAAUAACCUCCCAUAUGAUGAGACAAGAGUGAAAUUAAGUAUAAUCAACGAUGAUCCAUCAAGUGAUUACAUCAAUGCUAACCACAUUCAGGGGUAUUCCAGCAUCAAGUAUAUAGCCACUCAAGGACCAAUGGAUCAGUCAUUAUCAACUGUCAAAGAUUUUUGGAGGAUGAUUGUGGAACAACAGGUUACUGCGAUUAUCAUGGUAUCCAGUUUUGAAGAAGGACAGAGUAAGGUAGCCCAGUAUAUGAAUUACGAAGAAACUCUGGAAUUUGGCAAUUAUUCCACUCAGGUGGUCUCUUCUCUGCAGCGGCCUCACUUUACAGUUUCCCAAAUCCAGGUGUUUGUGGAUGGAAAACCAGAACACAUUGUGACACAUUAUCAUUAUACAAAUUGGCCUGAUCAUGGAGUCCCGGAUGAAGAAUAUUCCAUCUCCUAUCUAAUUACUUUUUUCUUGAACACCCAUGAUGAUGGUGGUGGUGUUGUUGUUCAUAGCUCUGCUGGUACUGGAAGAACAGGAUCUGUAUUGAUGGUGCUUCUGCUUCAUGAAAUGCUGAAGAUAGAAGGUAAUAUUGAUCCCAUAGAAGUUUUGAUAAGGCUUCGCGGUGGAAGAGGUCAUCUUGUUGAGAAUAUAGAUCAGUAUAAUCUAGCUCUUAUGAUCACAGAGGAGCUCCUUUUUGGGAAUAUCACUGCAGUUACUCCAUUUGACCUCAAGAAUGACCUAAGAAGUCUCCUGCCCAGGGCUUCCUCAGAAUUUGAAAAAGUCAAAUCCAUGCUAACACCUCUGUCAUACAAAUAUUCAUCCAGCCAAGCAGUGAGGCACUUGAACAGAAAUCCAGAUAUCUUGCCUUCGGACAACCAUAGAGUUUACUUACAGAAGACAAAUGGAGAAGAAUCACAGUACAUUAAUGCUGUGCAAAUUCAUGGAUUCAAAAAGAAAGAUAGAUUUCUUGUGACUGAACAUCCUUUAAGAGAAACACAAGCAAGGUUUUGGAGGAUGAUCAUGGAGAAAAGGUGUCCUUGUGUUGUCCUAAUCAACCAUUAUGCAGAAAAUUCUGAGGAGGAAUUUCCUUCUAUACUUCCUGAAGAUGGCAAAGAGAUGAAUGUCUCUGGCUACAAGAUCACUGUGUGUUCUCCAGUUCCAUCUGGAUCAGACCUCAUGGAAUACACUGUGACUGUGGAAAAUCCAGGUGUUCAGGGACUGUGCCAUACUCUAACUGCUUAUGUUGUUCUUAAUUGGGAAUACGGCUCUCCCACUCCUGGGAGUCCAAAUGUUUUGUUAAAUCUGGCAGACAAAUUGCUCCAGCCAGGUGCUCUGUCCAAUCCUGGGCCUACUCUACUAUGUUGUGGGGAUGGCGUGACAGGAUGUGGUUUACUGGUAGGGCUGAUUUUCAUCUUACAGCGAGUUCACAAUGAGGAUGUUGCAGACAUUUAUAGAGCUGUUGUAAAACUGUUGCGGUACCGAUACCAGUUCAUAACGUGCAAAGAACAGUAUGCAAUGCUUUAUUAUGCAGCCUCAAACUACCUGAAGGAUUUUCCCACAUAUGUUGUUGUGAAUUAGGUUCAUUUUAAAGCUGUCCAGCGUAACCACUCGUGCCUGCUGUGGAAAGACAAAACCUAUAUCACCCAGGCAUAAACAGACUAAAAUGCCUGCAGUGAUUUUACAGUUUUUCAGGUUGUGGGGAGGGUUGUUGCAUUUUGGAACAUUGCUGUGGGAUAAAUUUGUUCCUACAAGGUCACAGCCAUAUCCUUUCAUAUAUGGAGUAUCCUUGAGCACAAGCUGGAAUGGCCACUGAAUCUUGGUAACAAGGUAGUUAACUGGUGGAUAUUGGGGGUUGGGUGAGAAGGGUUAACCUUUUCACUCGCUACCUUCUCUGCCACUAUCACAAAAUAUCCUUACAUACUCCUUUUCCCUGUACUUCUUGGUUUCUUGGAUGUGGAUUAGUAGCUUGCUACUAUUGUUCCCUUUCACCUCUUCUGUGUACAGCACUUAGAUUUUUAUUUGCCUUGUGUGGUGAGUUUGUUUUUCUCUAUGAAGAAGAAACAUGACCAGUGACUGUGUGGAGUCAUGGGUGUCUCCCUUAUUGGCAGACCCACAUGUACUUUUGUUCUUAUUGUAGGAUAGAGGCAGGGAAUGUACUCGCUCUACUUGUGGUGAUUGUGAUUCGUGGCCCUCACCUUAGUGAGAGAAGUAUGCGAAGAUGAGGAAUGUUAGGAAGAAUUUUUUGGGUUCCUUGGGGACAACACUCCUCUGGUGACACAACUGAACCCUUUUGGUUCCUUCUGACAAUUGGCUGCCAUUUGUCUUUCACCUGCAGCGGACAAACAAACCAGUAAGAAUAUGGCUUCCCUUUGAAUACCUUUGUAAAAUUUUAUUUACUCUUAACCUUCCAUGAAGUCCAUCACAUGCUGUCCUCUGUGACAUGCCGGAAGGAAGGAAGAAUGGUAACUAGCUACUGAUCUGUCUGCUGCUGCUUCAGCAGUUCCUGUGAUUACCCUGUCUGCUACAGGUUUUAGGUAAUGAGGGUGGGUGUCUUGAUGUAGUCAGACUUUUUAUCUCAUUAUACCUGACAGAUGUUGCUCAUAAGGGUCUGGAUAUUUUCUGUUUGGGAUCAGUGUUGGCUGCUCAACAAGUUAUGUAGUUAGAGACAUGCAAUUGGACACUUCAUGUCUUGCCCGAAUACUUGAGCAUUGUAUGUCUUUUCCCCUUCCUGAGCUGCAUCUGGGCUGAACUACACACUGGAAGUGAAUGAGAUGAAGAUAAGUGCAUAGUAAGUACUUAUUGUAAGUAGCUUAGAAUGCAUCUGUCCAUUACUUUUAAUAAGGGGGAGGAAGGAUACUGUAGAGCAUUUUUCUGAACCCUGUGCUUAGUAAAAUCCUGAGUAAAGCUGUCCACUGACUUUACAGCUUCUUUGGAGAUGUUGUGAUUUUCUGAAUUAUUGUUCCUUCUCUUACUCCCCUCAUUGUUACAGGGAUCUCAGGCAUUUGUAGGGUACAGGAACUUUUUAUCCCUUGCCUGCAUGGGAACUAGGAGCACAGCCUUCCCCAGGUGGGAUCCAACUCUUUUUCAGUAGGGACUACCCCACUCUGAAGGGUUAAGUCUCCAUUUGUGAAGGCGACAUAUAACAGUUUGUAUUUUUGUGUAGGCAUACAAACCAGAGCCUUUCAGAUAGGUUGCACUCAUUUCAACCAUCUCGCUUUGUGAUAAUUGACUGGUGCCCCCACCUAUUCCUCCCAUUUCCACCAGUUGAUUUGUUACCAAGACUCAACAGCCACUCCAACUCUUGCUGAAGGAUAUUCCAUUUACAAAAGCCUCUGGCGUAUAUCUAGGAAAAUACAAAUUACUUCAAAAUGUAAAUUAUAUAUGUACGUAUAUAUAAAUAUAUGGUAUAAAUAUAUAUUAUUAUACAUAUAUAUAUAUAUAUAUAUAUAUAUAUAUAUAUAUAUAUAUAUAUAUA